CCUUUCCGCCUUCACUUUCGCUUUGGAUUUUAAAAUUUUCUUCGAAAGAUCGAAGCAAUGGAUGACAGUACAACCGACAAAAUUGACGGAAAGGAUGAAAUAUCACAAGUUCAUUGCAAAUAUAAAACCGAUAGCUCAAUGGAUGGAUUAGGAAAAAACAUAAAAAUAUUUUUUGGCAUCAGUAAAAGUGAUAGGUCCCGAACAUACACAGCAACUGUGAUUCCUGCUGGGGGUUCAGAAGAUUACCCACAGCUAUCAACCAUUACAGAGGCCAAAACUCCAAAAGAUUCAGGAAGAGAGAGUGAUGAUAGAAAUGAAGGAAAGAAUGAUUCAUCUACAAGAGUUGUUUACAAAGACAUAGGAAAAGCCAUGAUAGCUAGCAGUUCUCAAACUUCUGACCCUUUACAAGCAUUGGGUGAAAUGGGAGCUAACUUACAACAAAGGCCAAACCUGUCUGUAAACUUGACUACGGUUAUCUCCCCUGAUGAAAAUAAUACCAAACCAGGCUUAGCUCUUAUAAUCACAGGACAGAAAUUUGCAAAAGGGAAUGGUCUUCUCAGAAUUGGUGCAGAAACAGAUCUAAGAAAUAUGUUUGAAAUCUUUUACAACUUAAAUUUUGAACUUCGAUGGGAACCGUUUGCAAAUAGAACUACUGAAGGUUUAAAAAAUGAAUUAAUUAAAUGUGCUGAUGACCCAACAUUAGAACAAAAGAAGUGUUUAGUAAUUGUUAUUUCAUCACAUGGAGGAGAAGUAAUGCUGGGAAGACCAAACAGACCAGAGAAUAUUCCCCAUGAUAUCAAUGUUUAUGGACAUACCAUCAGUACAUACGAUGGCAUGAUUCCUACAAAUGAAAUAUUAGAGAUAUUUGAUGUUGACAGCUGUCCAUACAUGGAAGGAAAACCAAAACUUGUAUUCAUACAGGCCUGUCGAUCUAGAGCUGACAAGACAGUCGACAAAGGAGUCGAUAUUCAGGUUACACAAAAACAAGACAUAAGACAGACAAGAGACUUCUUCAAUAGAUCCACAAUGGAUGUACAUCACAAGGAAGAGACAAAUGAAGAUGUCACCAACAUUGUAUACGAUAGAGUCACAAUGAAAGACAUGCUACUGACACCUUGUUAUCAAGAUUUUAUGGUUACUUUUGCUAGCACUGCAGGGCAUAUAGCUUGGUCAGAAGAUGCAGGUGGUGCAUUGUUGACCGCUAUGUACAAUGUGUUCAAAAAGAAGAUCGACAAUAAACAAGACAUUGAUCUACUUCCAACCAUGACCGAAGUCUGUAACAAAAUGAUGGAAUAUGAGUCAAGCUUCUCUGAUCAACGAUAUGACCGUUCUAAAGCUGUCAUGUGUCUUCUUCAUAUGUUAGGAGAGGAAAUUAUUUUAAAACCAAAAUACUAACUACUUUGUAUCUUCUUUAUCAGCUUUAUGAUUCAGUCAGGUUGCAUAAUGCAAAACUUUCCUAUAUGGCCUUAGUUUUGGAGCAAAUAAUUUUUAAGCUUUUGGUGCUAAUAGAUUUUAUAGUCCCACAUUGACAAAGUAGGUUUUCAUCAGUGUAUAUGUAAGGUUGAUGAUAAAAAAAAAUGUUUCCAUUGAAAAAAAAGUCACUUUAGAAGAUCUGCUGAUGUGGCAAUUAUUUUUCCGGCAGCUGCAGAUAUGGUGUCUUUUUGUCUUUUGGUUGCAUCAUUAUUUUUCCAAACCUAAUAAUCCACACUUUAGAAAAUAUAUAUGAAUCAAAAUUUUACUUCAAUACAAUUUUCUUCUUUUCUGCUUGAAAUAAAUGUUUCUAGUAUGUUCAUCUUUCUCCACAUAUAUGCAUAAUUUUAUGCUUUUCAUGAUUUAGCCAGCUUUCAGAUUAGUAAUGAUUAAAACACAUGCACCACAUUUGAUAAGUUAUUCAACUGGAAUUAAGAGAACAUGUUUUACAUGUUCUUCAUUUGAUGCAUUACUUGACCAUGGAUUUGUGGCCCAUUUACCUUUUAAAUAACAAUUAAUUAAAAAAAAAAAAAUUACGACAUUUCGGGCCACUGUCCUUCUUCUGUGUCUUUAUUAUCCUUCUAAACUAAAUGUAUUCCCUAUUGGAAUUUCUAUACAAUAUUUGAGAUUAAAGUUGAAUUGAUAUAAAAAUAUUAAUAUCAAUAGCAAUUUAAUAUAUCAUAUCUUAUAAAGUAAAUUUGAAUGAACAUUACAUAAUCUGAGAACUGAACCCUUGUAUUAAUACAAUGCAUUUAAAAAUUCCAUUGAAAUUCCAGUUUAAAACCAAGGGUUGAAGUAAUUACCUGUAGAUUAUACACACAUAUGAUCACUAAUUCUCAUUCUUACUAUACAAUUUUGAUGUCUGCAAUUGAUUGUCAGAUGAUAUAUCUAUCCAUGUGAAACUUAUACAGUAGAAUAUGAAAAUAAGGAGACUUGGUAUGAUUCAGUCUGAUUAAAACCGGCCCGCACUAUCCACUUGCGUAUGUACAACAAACGCAAGUGGAUAGUUGGGGUUGGUUUUAAACAGACUGGGUAUGAUUGCCAAUGAGACAAUUAUCCGCCCAAGUUCAAAUGAAGUGGACGUAAGCAAUUAUAGGGAACUGUACGGUGUACUCAUCUUUUGAAUCAGUUAUUAUCAUGUCUAUACAUUUGCACAUAUUCUGGUAUCCUUAAGAUAUUUUCGUGAUAAUUACAUUAAAUUAGUAAACUAUUGAAUUUUGCCUUAAUUGUUCAGCUUCUGGGGGCUGCAAGUCAAUGGGGGAAUUAAGUGUUAUCCUUCCAUCCGUCCAUCCAUCCCAUUUUCGUUUCCACACUCUAACUUGAAUUUUACUGAUACAAAUUUUAUGAAACUCAUACACAAUGCUCAGAAUUGCAACAAGCAGACAUAGUUCAAAUUUUGGCAGUGAGUCAUCAACCGUUCUAGAGUUAUGCCCCUUUUUAACUUGGAAAAUUACAAAACUUGAGCAGGGGCAUUCAAGUCCUCAGACACAUUCUUCUUUUUUUGUUGUUGUUGAAUUGUAUUGUGUAAAAUAUUUUUUAUUUGUUUCUAAAAUUUUAACCUCUGAUGGUUUUUCAUCAAAUAUUUAUAGAUUCUUUCUUAAUACUAAAUUACUUAAUGAUAUCUAUGUACUUGAAAUAGUUAAAUUUUCCUACCUGCAAAAUUUUGAAAAUCCCUAUGUGGGUUUUAGUGUGCCACAUGAUACUUGUACUUAUAUUACUGUGUAGAAAAGAUAGUACAUGUAGCUACAAUACCAGCAAAAUUUUUUCUUCUGUAUAAGUAAGUGACUGUUGACUUUUCCAUUUAUCAAUAUGGACAAAGAAUGACAUUUAUCUAAUUCCUUGUUAAAGAAUUAGAGACAAUACUUUAAUGAUUUGACAAUUCAAUACUAAGAAUGAUAACACUUAGGAUCUGUUACAAUAAGUGUAUAAUGUCCAUAGAACCCUAUUUGAUAUGAUUAUGGUAGUACUGCAACUGAAAUUUAGCAAAGACAGCACACUUCAUUGACUUGUAUUAAACUUUCAUAUUUUGAUAGUCUGCCAAUGUAUAUAUGAAGUGUAAAUUAAGACAUAAGAGCAACUAAUUUAUUUGACGUAAAAGUAAUAAGGUCAAUUCUGUUAAUACUUAUGGCAGACUAAUUUGCCAGAUUUAAAGGUAUACUGUAAAUUCAGAAAUUAUUGCAUGCAUUUGUAAUUGCUAUUUCGACAUAACAGAAUAAACAGACCAAAUUGUGAGAAUAAUUAUUGUGAUUACAGGAAAAGCUGCAUAAAUUGAUUUCAAAAUGUGAGUUCUAUUUUUUGCAAUACUCACCCAGUCGCAUUGUGUACAUUGAUAAAAACCUUGCAACUAUUUAUGAAUUUACAGUAUACAGUAGACAUAAAGGGAGUCAUUUGUUUAUUAUAGUGACUUGUGAACAUGUUUAUUAAAAAAUAAAACGGCUACAAAGAAGUCAAUGUUAUCCCCGGCCCAUUGGACCUAUAAGUCACUUAUUUAAGAAUAUAUAUAGGUUUAUGCACAAAAUAUACAAUGUAUUUAAUGUUCAAGUUUUUUUUUACAAAUUUAAUUGCACAACUAUAAAUCUCAGUACUGUAGUACAAUAAAAUACACUGUGAUGAAAGUUAACAUUGUGAUAUAGAAUAGUAUAUCUAUACCUAUGGCUAUGUCUUUAUAGUUAAUUCUAUAUUUUUCUUCUGGAAUUACUUGAUUUUUUCUGUUUUUUAAAUAUAACAUACAUGUGCUUAAAAAAUCCUUUUAAUUCAGUCGCUUUUAUAAAAUAAAUAUGCGUUAAUAAUAUUCAAGAAUGUUAUGACAGCACUUGCUACGAAAACCAUAAUGAUAAAUACAAUCAAAAUUGAUAUAGGAUUUGAUGUGGCAGGGAUCUUGUCAGAGGCUAGGGUCAAGAAGAUAACAAACGAUAAGAGUAUUGUUAUUCCAUAGCAAAGUUUUUCGCCACAUUAGUGUGGAAGUAAAAACACUAGCAGAUUUAGUAGUGAAAGUAGAGCCACAGGUAAAAAUACCAAUAUGUUAUAGUAUAGUGGUUCUCACCUUAUUUUAAAAACAAAUUCAUGAGAAGUAUUACCAAAAAUUUUACACUUCCUCGAAAUUACACUUUUUAUAUUUCAGUCUGGGUGCUUGUUUUCAUAAUAGUCAUUGUAGGGAAUUGAUGCUGCUUGGAGAUGAGUUUUCCACGUAAUAUCCCAUGCCAUAAAUAGAAUUGAGCACUCUUGUUCGUCAUAGGGAAAUUUUCUUAUAUAAGCUGCACAUUUAGAAUUAAUUAUGUCUGCAGGUGUCAAUAUAUAAAUCCAUCAUGACGAAUCAGUAUUUUGAAUAAACUAUUGGCACUGAAUGAUUGAAAUUGCUGUGCGUCUGUCAUUAGUGUUACAUGUGGAAACCAUAUACUGUAAAUUCAGAAAUUUUUGCGUGCAUUUAUUAUUGCGAUUUUUGAAGACUGAACAAAAAUGCCAGAUUUAUUAUUGCGAUUUCAAGAAAAGCUUCAUGCAUAUAUAUAUGUGUCCGAUAUCAGAAUGCGAGUUCUUAUUAUUGCGAUAUUCACUCAGUCACAUUAUUCGCAUUAAUAAAAACCUCGCAAUAAUUUCUGAAUUUACAGUAACUGAUUUAGAAACCAACUUUUCUGAUAUGCCAUUGAAGACUCCUUUGGGUUCCAUUUCAAAGAAUUAUCAAACCAUGAAAUCUCCAAGCCCCAAUAUACAGAUAAUAUUCCAACAACUUCAUCAAAGUGAUUUAAUCCAAGAUUGAAAAAAGCUAUAGUAAUUGUCAUGGUAACAUUUAAAACUGGUUUCAGAUCUGGAUUAUAUUGAUUGUUGAAUAAGUCAUUGUAUAGUUUCUCAUAAGUAUCUAUGUCUUGGCAAACUGUUACAUUUAAAACCAAACUACCAAACAACCUGGCAUUCUGUAAGAUCAAUAUAUAAUAGAGAUAGCUGCAAAGUUUUAUGAAAAUCCAAGUUGAUUUAAAAAAGUUAUAGAAAUGAUUAAAGGUGACUAUCUGAAUUUAAUCAGAACUGAAAAUUUUCUAGCUUUUUUUACCUAGUAAUUAAAUCCUUUAAUUUGACAGCAAUGAACCAACUACCAAAUAACCUGGAAUUUUGUAAGAUCAAUAUAUAAUUGAGUUAGAUGGGCUGAUUCAGACCAGUCUAGACUAAAUUUAAAGGUCAAGACGGAGUCGAGACUGGUCAAGCAUUUGUCGAGACCAUAUUCAGACUAUACCAAGAUUAUCAAGUACUCAAUCAGAGUUUUUAAGUAAAGUCGAGUACAGUUAAGUACUGUCGAGAUUAUGUCGAGUCUUGUCAAGUAAAAUCUGUGCUCGACCAGUAAAAUAUGGUCUUUUCAGACUCUGAGCAGUUUGUAGUAUUUAUGAUUUAUGUUUCAUUCAAACCUGGAUACCACUAGCACUGCUACACAAUACAUGUAUUUACACAGAAUUUUAUUUAUAAUGGGAUAGAGCAGUACUUUGAAUUAUGUUGAUUAUAUUGUUGAUAUGAGUACUAAAUGCUUAAUUUUACAUAUCAUGAGUUCUAAAGCAAAUCGGGAUAAUUAAAGUAUUGCUUGAAUUAAAUGAACUAAUGGAGUUCAUUAUGUGUGACUUUGAGGAUUUUGUUCAUUGGGCACAUAUUUGGGCAAGUUGGAAUUAAGGACUUACUCAGACAGAUUUUAAAUGUCAGGUCAAAAGAUUUUUGCAAGGAGGUAACUGUUUUUCUAGAUGUUUACUCAGGCGUUAUAUACUUUUUAUUAUUACAAAACACACAUCCACUGACCAAAGGAGAAAUAUGUACAGUAUAAACAACAGACACUCAAAUAUAAGUACAACAUUACAACAAAAUAUAAAUGGACCUUUAGUAUUUACAAUCCAGAAUUAGUCUAGUCAAACAUGGAACAAAUUACAGUUAAAAAUAAUCAGGACCAUUUCUGAGGACUUUGUAUAAAUCAUAUAAUGUUCAUUUAGUAAGUUCAAUUUUUUUACUGUGCUAAGUGCUCACGGUACCAAAAGGUGCCAAUAGUAUUAACAAUUUUCAGUGACUGUAAGUUUUGCUUAAAUACCCAUUUUUUUUUUUAAUUCUUGGUAUAUUUUGAGUUUAUUGUUAAAGAAAAAUGUGCCAAUAAAUUGUUAUGUAAUUUAUUGCUAUACAAACAUUCAUAGCUCAUAACCUAGAGUUGUUUACGUACAUCCUCAUCCUUUGUUCUGGGGUGGAUAUAAAGUUGUCUCAAUUGGCAAUUAAACCACAUCUCCUUUUCAUGAAAACUGCAUGGUUUUUUUUUAUAUCUAGCAUUUAUUGGUUAUACAUUGUUACUAAUUUUAUAUAUACUUGUUAUAUUUUGUUGUGAUUAGAUAAUUGUUAAUAUAUGUAUUACUAUAACUCUUACUGUAAAACUUUUCAUACUUUAAUAUCAUACAAAACAUUAAUAUUUUACAAUGAUUGAUUAUUUAUACUUACCAUAUCUACGAUAAUAUUAUUGUAUAAUAAACUAGAUAAAAAAGUC